AUGGUAGAAUUGUAUAAGAAAAUGCUGUUGUGCGCUAUAGGAACCUUAGCAGUCGUUGCCAUGGUAACAGCUAAUGACAUGAACAUGAAAGGUGACGUUCCUGAUGUGCACGUGCUCGUGAUGAAGACUUCGGAAAAAUGCACGAGAAAAGCGGCCAAACAUGACAUUCUUGUUCUCCAUUACGAAGGAUUCUUUCCCAACGGGACAAAGUUCGAUUCCAGUAUCGAGAGGCCGGGAGCCAACCCCUUCCAGUUCCAGCUUGGAAUAGGACAGGUUAUCCAGGGCUGGGAACGAGGGCUUCUGGAUAUGUGUACAGGAGAAAAACGCAAACUGACUGUACCAUCCUCACUGGCGUACGGAGAACAAGGAUCAG